AGUCAACACAACAGGGCGGCGGAAUGUAACAGCAACAAGCUUCGUCAAACUUUCGUUUUAUCUGCUUAUCUUGUCAAAUUAAUUCGAUGUGCUUUAAAUACAGAUAUAUAAACGAACCCACAUGUCUAACGAAGGUGAAGCUGAGGGUUCCCUGUCCAGCGUUAACGUUGUUCUCGCUAUGGCUUACGGAAGUCUGGUGUUUGUUUUACUCUUCAUUUUUGUUAAAAGACAAAUUAUGCGUCUUGCCAUGAAGUCUCGAAGGGGACCUCACGCUCCCGUUGGCCACAAUGCACCCAAGGAACUAAGACAAGAAAUUGAAGCCAAACUCAACCUGGUCCAGAAAAUCCAAUUUGAGCCUCGUCUGCUGUCUUCAGAUGAUGACCGACUAAAUCAUUCUGGUUCCUAUGACUACUUGUACAGGAUGAAAGCCCUGGAUGCUAUCAGAGACACAGAGUUUCCUUUCUUUGAACUGGGUGGAACAUCCACCGCCGUGACAGGAAAGCGAUUUCGGACGUGGCUUCUACAGCUGCGGAAUUCCAACUGCAUGUUCAGAGACAACCAGAGCGGUCUGAUUGAUGCUGUGUUAGAUGGCUACAAUAAAGCACGUUAUGGUGCAGAGGCUUUCGGUGAGGCAGAAUUUUUAAAAUACCAGGAGGCCCUAGCCGAGCUGGCCUCUAUUGUGAAGUCUCGCCGAAGCAGCACUCACAGCCAGCACCAUCAAGCUGCUGCCAAAGACCUGACCGGCAUCACCGAGCUUGAAAGCCCACCCUCAUCCCCCACCCAAACAACCUACCUCACAUCUGCAGCACAGCAGCGCAGCAAGAGGCCCAGACACUUUCUGGAGCUUAAAAACCUCAAAGACAACUACAACACUCUGGAUAGUACACUCUAAAAUGUGCUUACAUCUGGCCAAAGGAAAAGUUGGCGAGGUAGCGUUGCCAUUGAUUAGUGCCUAAAUGGAGAGUGACAGUUAUUGAGGAGAGAAAACAAAAACACUGCCUUGGUAUACAAACGUGUACUGCCUGGUUUACUGAAUGGUGCAUAUCAGACUACUGGUACAAUGCUCUUUGCCUAAGUGUGGCUUAUGCUUAUAUCUUGUAUUAUUGCAUGUAUCAAUGCUACAUUAUAAAAAAAAAUACUUAAGUUAUAGGGUUGAUUUGACCAAAACAAAAACACGGCGAUGGGGCUAUGCAAUUGCAGAUGAUAACAGUGAAGACAAUCAGUAUUUAUUGCACAAUAUUAAGGCCUAUGCAGAUGUGUUUAAUUAACCAAUUGUGUGUAAAUACUAAUAGUUGACAGUCUUUGUAGAGAAAACCAGUGUUUAUGGCUUUUUUCACAGUUUUUGUCAGAUACGUUUACCUUUUAUGCACUUUUUGUGGUAGUUGAUUUGACUGUUUGUUUUUUCCAUUUUGUUUUUUAAAAACCAUGUGUUACAGAAGCCAUACUUCUCUUCAGGAACUUUGAUUAAAUGGUUCUUUUUUUUUUUUCUUUAUUUGAUCAAAUAUCUCAGUGCAAUGUAACUUAUCAGUAUUUAGCUCAUUUUAAUGUAUUCUGAAUGUGAGAUAUGGCAUUAAGGGAACUCUAUUGACUUAUUAUAGACGGGUCCGCUGAUGUUGGACCUGUUUCUAAUUAAUCUGGAACUAAAGGGUUCCCUGGGUGCCAUUUUAAUGCCUGCCUAUUUUUAUUUUCUGUGGAGCAUAAUGCACAAAUUACCAUCCAAAUAAAACAGCAACACACUGAUGAGUUUUAUAAUGUUAUGCACAAUAUGAUCAGCAUUAUCACUUGUGAAUUCCUCCACUUAUUCAUCUUCUACACCCUGUUCAGUCCCACACUGUCAGUUAAGAGGUGUUAAUUGUAUAUGCAGUACACUGUUUAUGUAACCCAGAGGGCCAAAUAGAGAUGGAUAAGCUUGCAUGUUCAGUUCGGCUCCUACAGACAACUGAGAAUUACCAAUCAACCUAAAACGCAUGAAGGUGGAAUACCAGGAGAAAACCAGAUGUGGCUGAAAUGGUUACAAGAUAAGUUUUGAAAUGGAUUAUGGAAAAUGCCCAAACCCAUGUGGCUGAGUUUCUGCAGAUAUAGCAACCCUGAGCCACAUUGAUCCAUGUUCAAGCGUUUCUUGCGCAUAUGAAAGGUUUUCUUUCGUUUGACACAAAAUGUGAUAAAUAAAGAACAUGAAUUGUU